ACAUCCGGCUUUGUGAGCAGCUGCUUUUUUUCUCUCCCGGGGCUACAUAAACAACGGCCGCGAGACUCGACCGGGAAAGUAACCCGAAAGCCCGAACGCAUCCAGCCAGACGCGCUGUAACCCCCCUGGCCCUCCCAGACAUCACGGUACGUUCAGGGCUCCACAAGCUUUAAUGUUGCUUUCAUCAACUUUAACCUGAUAACAUACGUUUGUUUGGAGCAUAAUGUGUGUGUCAUAACGCCGUCUAUGUGUUCCAUCAUGAAUUUCUUCCUGGAAACGAUCCAAGUCCUCCUGCUGUCCCUCUGGUACAAUGUGGAAUCUUUCAUCCACAUCUUUGUGUCCAAGAAGAAGAAGAACAUCGCUGGUGAGGUGGUGCUGAUCACGGGAGCAGGUAGCGGGAUCGGCCGCCUCAUGGCUCAGGAGUUUGCGGCUCGUGGCACUGUGCUGGUGUUGUGGGAUAUUAACCAGGACGGGAUGAAGGAAACGGCUGGACUGGCUAAGCAGAGCGGAGCCAGCAGAGUCCACUACUAUCUGUGUGACUGCAGCGACAAGAACGAGGUUUACAGAGUGGCUGACCAGGUAAAGCGAGAGGUGGGUGACGUCAGCAUUCUGGUCAACAAUGCUGGGAUCGUGACAGGAAAGAAGUUCAUGGAUGCUCCCGAUUCCCUGAUUGAGAAGACGAUGGAGGUCAACACUAUGGCUCACUUCUGGACCUACAAGGCCUUCCUUCCUGCCAUGAUUGCCAACAAUCACGGCCAUCUUGUCAGCAUUGCUAGUUCUGCUGGACUCAUAGGAGUCAAUGGAUUGGCAGACUACUGUGCCAGUAAGUUUGCAGCAGUAGGUUUCGCAGAGUCGGUGGGUCUGGAGCUGCUGGCAACUGGGAAAGAUGGCGUCAAGACCACCAUUGUGUGUCCGUACUUCAUCAACACCGGAAUGUUCAAUGGAUGUCAAACUAAGUGGCCAAGACUGAUGCCAAUCCUGGAUCCAGACUAUGUAGCCAAGAAGAUCAUCCAUGCUGUGCUCACAGACCAGGUCUUCCUGCUGAUGCCCAAGAGCAUGUACCUCAUCACUGCUCUCAAGAACGUUGUGCAGUGGAAGCAGGCCUCCCUCCUUGGCUCUUACCUGGGAUCAUCAGUCCAAGUAGACUGCCACACUAACACCAGUCUGCACUACAAACUGCACUAGCACACAUUCAACAUGACAUUUGUUGUCACUGUAGAACACCAUUGGGGCAAGCUUUUUCUUUGGCCUCAGGCAGUUUAGUGUGCAUUCAGUCAAAUCCACUCUCACUGUUACCCAGAGACACUAACUAAACCUGUUUGUAAUGUCAUCAAAAGACAGACGGUGCUGAGAAACUGACUGUUUGCUCGAGUUUGUUUCUGCAGGUUCCUGAUGAUGAUUUUCAGAGCGUUUAAAGCUUGCAUAUUCAGAGUGUGUUCUAUGUGUAUGUAGAGUAGCUCCAGGUCAUAUCAUCAGGACUCGGCACACAGCUUGUACAUGUUUUGAUGAAAUAUAAAUGUUAUUUUUUAUAUCCAAUAUCAAUUGAGUCACUUUGACUAAAUAAAGACUUAGGCACUACAAAGCCUUGUCGGUCAAUUGGCCCUGCAAAUGCAGAUAUUGAAAGUGUUUAAUAAAGAUUGUUGAUUUUG